AUGUACUCUAUUUUGCACGAAACUGAUGAUGCUACUUCCGUGAAUUUUUGUUUUUGGGGGAAAUUUUUACCAAAUGCAGAUUUGUUAGUAACUGCUGGCGCAAAAACUUUACGUUUUUUUCGAUUGAAUAAUUGUGGUAAUUCAAUUAAUUCUCCUCAAUUGGAAUGUUUACUUUCAUUUACAAUGAUGGCACCAAUCCGUGGAAUGGCUGUAAUAAGGCUAGAAGAUUUUCCUGACUUUGACGCAUUAGCUUUAACAUUUGAUGAUGCCAAGCUUUCAAUUGUCAACAUUAACCCUUCCACAUUGACACUUAACACUCUUUCUUUGCAUUCAAUAGAAGAUGAAUUAUUACGUGAAGGUUAUGCCAAAGAUAUUCAUCAUCCUGUCCUUUGCGCUGAUCCAGAGAGUCGUUGUUGUGUUUUUACUGUUUAUGGAAGACAUUUGGCUGUUGUCCCAAUUAAACGAAUUAACAGGGUUAAUAAAGAAAAUGAAUGUCUUUCAAGUAAAGAUGGACGUCAGAUUUUAUUGCAAAGUUACACAAUUAAAUUGAGGUCACUCGACGAACGUCUAGAGAAUAUUCAUGAUAUGUGCUUUCUUCAUGGAUAUUUUGAGCCAACAAUUCUUUUUCUUUAUGAGCCAAUCCAAACAACAGCUGGAAGCAGUUCGAUUCGACACUGUCUCUAUUCUGGCUGUUUUUCUCAAUUUAAAAGACAAAAUACAUACCGUUGCCUUCCAAUGAACAUAAAUCGUUGUUUACCUAUUAACCCUCCGAUUGGUGGAAUUUGUUUAUUUGGUGCCAACGAAAUUGUUUAUUUAAAUCAAUCUGUACCACCAAGAGGAAUUUCUUUAAAUUCUUGUUCUGAAGAAUUUAUUAGAUUUCCAUUGAGUAAUCAACAACAAAAUUUAAAGUUAGUUUUGGAAGGCUGUGCUGUAGAAAGAGUAUCAAAUUCUCCAAAUGAUGUUUUUGUUGUUUUGUUUAAUGGAGAUUUAUAUAUUUUAUCUCUUGAAACUGACCAAGCAAAUGUUGUUAGAAAUAUGCAUUUGACAAAAACUUUUGAAACAUCAAUUCCUUGUGUUCUUACAAGUUUCUCAACAAAUUUUCUUUUUGUUGGUUCCAGACUUGGAGAUUCACAAUUACUUCGUUAUUCACUAGACAAAAUACGAGGCUCAAUUGAUUAUUCAAAUAAUCAGGAUUUGGUAAAUCAUUCGCGAAUUUUAUUCAAUGAAGAUGAUAUUUUUCUUUAUGGCGAUGAUUUUUGUAAAAGUUUUUUAAUUGAAGAGACCCUCAGACAAGUUGUACGAACAUAUAAAUUUGAAUUGCUUGAUAUUCUUCCAAACAUUGGACCUUGUAAAUGGUUGAGAGUUUGCAAUGCUACUUACAUAAGCGAUGCUUUUCGAAAAAAUGCUAGAGAUGUUUACUUCGACAUGAUGACAGCUUCUGGUCACGGGAAGGAUUCUUCACUUUGCCUUUAUCAUCGCUCUGUCCGACCACAAAUUAUAACAAGCACAUUUUUGGAUGAAGCUCAACAAAUUUGGACUAUAGGGCGUCAUUACGACGAUAUGCACAAAUAUUUGCUAAUUUCUCGUGAACGAAGUACUGUUGCCUUAGAAUUACACAAUGAUAUGAUCGAAUUGGAUACCCCUCUCUUUUGCACUAAUGAGUCAACAUUGAUGGCUGGGGAUUUGGCAGAAGGGAAUGUUGCUGUACAGGUAAUUUUUUGCUCAAUUUAUUCCAAACAUAUUAUUAGCAUUAUUCUCGUCGCAAAUGAUCAACAAAUCGACUGCAUUUCAAUUGACUCAAGUUUUCCAGUAAUUUCUGCUUCGCUUAUUGAUCCCUAUUUGGCUCUUCUUACACUAAAUGGACGUUUUUUCCUUUAUCAAUUAUUUUCAAAGCCAAAUAUCCAUCUUAAACAGAUACCAAUUCUAAAUGUGCUUAAGCACGAAAAAUCGCCUAUCACAGCAAUUUCACUUUACAAGGAUUGCAGUGGUUUAAUUCAAUAUUCAGACAAUAAAAAGAUUAUUGAACAGGAAGAAUCGUCGUCUGCAAAUGAAAAACUUUUAUUUCCAAAAUCUAAUUCCUUAGAUUCUUCUUUAAUCAAAAAUGAGAUGGAUGAAGAUUUGGCAACAAAAGAACAACUUAACGAAGAAGAUGAUAUUGAUGCAUUUCUUUAUGGAGUUACAGAAAAGGAACGGAAUAAAACUCAACCUCAAAAUGAACCGCAAAAACAAAAAGUAGAAACUCAAAAGCAGCAACAAAAAAUUAGCUGGCUUACAAUUUCAAACGAAAUAUCAAUUAAUGCCAAUACUGAUGAAUUUGUUGAACGCCCAUCUAAAAUUUUACCAACUUUUUGGUUGUUUUUUACUCGUGAAAAUGGCAAUCUUUACAUUUACAAUUUACCUAAUUUACAAUUAGUUUAUAUGGUCAGAAAGUUUUGUCAAUCUCAUGAUGUUCUCUACGAUGAUGUACAAUCUGCAAUUGACGAUGAGCAUAGGCCUUCUCAACAAUCAUUUAUGAACACACCAGUCAUUGUGCCACAACCUGCUGAAAGCCUUUCCUCUGAUACAAUUAAAAUAUUUGAACUGCAAAUUUGUGGGCUUGGAAUUAAUUGUGGCCGGCCAGUUCUGUCCGCUCUGUUCGAUGAUAUGGUUGUCUUCUAUGAAUUGUUUCCUCAUGAUGAUAAUAUUAAUGGUCAUCUUGCCAUCAGGUUCAAACGUCUCCCCUGCACUGUAGUUAUACGAGAAAAACGUUUUCUUGGCCCUAAUGGCAGAGCGCAAGUUGAGGCACAUGAAGUUGAGGACAGACAUAGACAGCGAAUUUUUCCUUUUGGUCCGCUGAGUAAUUUGUCUAAUGGAAUUUUCAUUGCUGGUGCAUAUCCUUCAAUUCUACUAAUAAAUCGUAAUGGAGUUCAACUCCAUCCAAUGACCAUCGAUGGACAAAUAACAGCUUUUUCAUCAUUCAAUAAUGCUAAUUGCAAAAAUGGCUUCUUAUAUCUAACAAAGAAACCAGAACAUAUGAUGCGUGUUGCAACUUUGAACUCAGAUAUUGACUAUGAUUGCUCAUAUCCACAUCGUAAAAUUCCAAUUGGUCAAACUAUUAGCCAUGUAGUUUUUAUGCUUCAAGGAGACCUCAUCAUGUUAGUAACGAGUGAAAAAAAGCCAAACAAAACUGUUUGUACAAUUGUGAACGAGGAAAAGCAAGUUGAGACACAUGAUCGUGACGAAAAUUUUAUUUUGCCAAGCAUUGAUUCAUACAAACUUAGGCUCUUUUCAACGGAAGAUUGGAAAUUUGUGCCAAACUUUGAAUUUCAAUUGGAGGAGUUUGAAGUUGCAACUGCCUGUGAAGAAGUAUUGCUAACCUCGGAAAGCACAGUUUCUGGUGUAAAAAAUUAUCUGGCAUUGGGAACAGCUAUCAAUUAUGGAGAGGAGGUGUAUGUUCGUGGUCGAGUAGUCCUUUUUGAGUUAAUUGAAGUAGUGCCGGAGGAAGGAAUGCCUACAACACGUCACAAACUUAAAACAAUUUAUGACAAGGAACAAAAAGGGCCCGUAACUAGUUUAUGUGCAAUUAAUGGAUUUUUACUUACUGGAAUGGGUCAAAAGAUUUUUAUUUGGCAAUUUCGUGAUAAUCAAUUACAUGGUGUUUCCUUUCUUGAUUUACAUUUCUACGUUCAUCAUAUGGUUGCUUUUCGUGAUUUUGCAUUAGCUUGUGAUUUAUAUCGUUCUCUUUCAUUAAUUCGAUACCAGGAAGAAUUUAAAGCACUUUCAUUAGUUUCACGAGAUUUACGCCCAACAGCCCCAACUCCAAUGACUUCUCAAUUUAUCAUAGAUCAUAAACAACUUGGAUUUAUUCUUACAGAUGAAUUAGCUAACAUAACUUUAUUUAAUUAUUUGCCUGAAAUGAAAGAAUCAAUUGGUGGUGAACGGUUAAUUAUUAGAGCAAUAUUAAAUAUUGGAUCAUUAAUUAAUACUUUUGUGCGAGUUAAAGGGCAUACUUCUGAAUGUUUCAUUGAUUCAGAACAACAACGUGGAAUACAAACUUGCUAUUUUGCUACAUUAGACGGCUCUUUUGGUUUUAUUAAGCCUAUCAUCGAAAAAGUUUUUAGAAGACUACACAUGUUACAACAGAUGAUGAAUAUGUAUGUACCUCAACCAGCAGGGUUAAAUCCUCGUGGUUCACGUGCUGGACGUCCACAAAAGACUGGAACUAAUCAACAAAUAAGUGCAGCAAAAAAUAUUAUCGAUGGUUUGCUAGUAAUGCAAUAUAUGCAUUUAAGCUCUCAAGAAAAAACAGAUUUAGCUAAAAAGUUGGGAACAAGUAAAUAUCAAAUAAUUGAUGAUCUCACUGAGUUAAUUAGAAUUACUUCUCAUUAUUAA